GGCAUAACUGGGUAAAAUAUUUGUGGUGCUUUGUUGCAUUUAUUGUACAGCCUGUUUCUUUCCUUUCAAAUGUCUAAAAUGGCUGCGAGCACCGAUUCUCUGGUCAACGCGCUAGUUUUCGAUUUUUUGUAUAAAAAAAAUAAACAAUUGGCUUUGCCGUUCCAAAAAGAAACAAAGGCAAGUACUUUAAAAAAAGGAUCACUCGAUCUCAGUGAGCUUGUAGCAUCUUAUUUAAAAUUAGGUAUCAAAGGAAAAUCAGUACUUCUAGCUCCUAGUGAAAAUGGUAUUGCAAAAAAUAAUGAAACUAGCAGCGAGGAAAGCUCGGAAGAAGAAACUACAAAAAAAUCUAUUGCUAAACAAUCUGUAAAACCACCUAAAAAUAAAAAGAAGGAUAGUAGCUCCGAUUCAGAAGAUUCUUCAGAAGACGAACAACCUCCCAAAGUUCAACAACCUAAACCUCAACCAGUAAAAGCAAAACAGAGUAGCAGUGACGACAGUUCGUCUGAAGAACAACCCAAAAAAGCAGCACCUAUUAAACCUGUUACUGGAGCAAAAAGGAAAGCAAAAAGUAGUUCAGAAGACUCCUCUGAGGAUGAGAAGCCUCCAGCUAAGAAACCUGCUGUUGUUCCUAAAAAACCUGUUGCUGUUGUUAAAAAGGCAGAAGAAAGCAGUUCUGAAGAUAGCAGUGAGGAAAGUAAACCUGUUACGGCAGCAGUAAAACAAGCAGUGUCACCUUCAAAAAAACCAGUAUCCAAAAAAGAGAGUAGCUCAGACGAUUCGAGUUCUGAGGAAGAAACUCCAGCUGUUAAAAAACCAGUGGCAACUAUACAAAAGAAACCAGCAGUAGCAGAACAGAAGAAACCUACUGCAAAACAAGAGAGUAGUUCAGAUGACUCUAGUGAUGAAGAAGAGACUCCUGGUACAAAAAAACCGGUGGUAGUAGCUAAGAAACCUGCUACUAAAAAAGAGAGUAGCUCAGAUGAUUCUAGUGAUGAAGAUGAGAAACCCAAUACAAAAGUCGCAGUACCUGUGAAAAAACCUGUUGCUAAGAAAGAUGUAAGCUCUUCAGAUGAAGAGUCCAGUGAGGAUGAGGCUCCAGUGGCAAAGAAACCCAUAGCUCCCACACCCAAACAGACUCCAGCUAAGAAAUUAACUGCAGCUGCUGAAGAGACAGAUGAUAGCAGUGAAGAGGAAGAAGAAACCAAACCUGCUGCAAUCGCCAAAAAGCAAAAAUUAUCACCUCAGAAAAAAACUGUCAAUAAAAAAGAAAGUAGUUCAGAUGAUUCAAGUGAGGAGGAGACAACACAGGCGAUCAAAAGACCAGCUGUGAUUGCGCAAAAUAAACCAGCUGCUACUAAGGAGAGUAGCUCAGAUGACUCGAGUGAUGAGGAUGAAUCUCCUGUUACAAAAAAACCGGCAGCAGUACCAUCAAAAAAACCUGCUACUAAAAAGGACAGUAGUUCUGAUGACUCCAGCGACGAGGAAGAAACUCCUGUUGCAAAAAAACCAGCAGUAGUACCAUCAAAGAAACCUACUGCUAAAGAAAGUAGUUCAGAUGAUUCUAGUGACGAAGAUGAGAAACCCAAACCAAAAGCUUCAGCUCCUGUGAAAAACUCUGUUGCUAAGAAAGGAGAGAGUUCUUCGGAGGAAGAUUCUAGUGAUGAUGAGUCACCAGCACAAAAGAAACCAACAGCAACGCCUACACCUAAAAAGGUUGCACCUAAAAAAGAAUCUUCAUCUGAAGAAGAAUCUUCAGAGGAAGAGGAAGAACCUGCACCGCAACAAAAGAAACAAAAACAAAAUAAAAAUGUUGAAGAUGAUUCCGAAUUGACGAUAAAGAAACCAAAAUAUGACAAUUUUGUCAAAGCAGGGCAAAAUAAUAGUUUUAAUGGAAAUGAUAAGCAAAAGAAUACGCCGUUUCGUCGAGUCAAGGAUGAUGAAGUUAACAUUGAUCCACGCUUAGCAGAUAAUUCUUUUGAUGCUAAGAUUAACGCAAGAGGAUCCUGGGGUGAGAGAGCCAAUAUAGAUUUGAAACAUACAAGAGGGAAAUCGUUCAGACAUGAGAAAACUAAGAAAAAACGGGGAUCCUAUCGGGGAGGCACCAUAGACAUGUCCGUUAAUUCCAUUAAAUUUGACUAGAUUAAUUUUAUCAAAUUGUUUUUAUAUUUAAAUGAUAAAAAUGUAGUUUUUAAGCACCAUUUAUUAAAUUUAGUUUAUUACCAUGUAAUAAUUUUUUUCGUUAAAUCUGCAAGCAAAUAAUAUAUUGCUUAUGUAAUUGAAUAAAGUUUGAUAAGAAAAAAAUUUAUUACAAAAAAAUUACCUCCAUUGUCUGAUGGUGUCUUUUCUUUUAUUUGUUGAAUAGUUUCUAUAUUUUAGAUAUUAAUGUUUAUAUAAAAAUAGUAUUACUGUGAUUAUUUUUUUGGACUACAUGUUUGCAUAUCAAUAAAUGCAACAAAGGAUUUUUCUUUAUAGUUUUUUGGUCCGCAGAGAAAGUGUUCGAAGUUUUGAUUUGUCGAAACCCUGUAAAUAUCCGUGAAUAUUUUAUGGUACCAUAUACUACCCACUCGAGUAUCAUAUUGUUUCAUGUACUUGUGUUUAUUUUUAAUAAAAUUUGUGUACUAUCUGUGUAUUACAAAAUUAGACUGUCCUUGAUUCCCAAAUCCUCUCGUAUGCUAUUCAGAAGGUUAUUGGUUAAAAAACAACACCAGUAGCAGUUCUAAAAGACUUUAUGGCCAAAACACUCUUUUAGGGGGAACAUAAGUUUAGGUGAAAAUUGAUUGCUGUCAAUUGAUCAAAGUUGUGAAAACUAAAAUGGAAUGUAUUUUAAUGGAAAAUAAAAUGCAUUAUUAAUUGUAAUAUUGUAUAAUUUUAGAAAAUAAAAUGGCUGUAUUACGUUUACAAAUAAUACUAUCAACAGUAUAGGCUAUUAUAUACAGGGUGUCACUAAAUUCGACUGCUAACGUUCUAAGGGAAAUUCCUUGGGUCAAAUGAUCGGAAUAAUCUAAAAUUAAUCGUUUUCUUGGCAAACAUUUCGUGACUGCAAUUGUGAUUAUUUAGGAAAAAAAUAAUAAAUAGUUUCUUCUGUAUCAACUUACAGGUUAAUGUCCUACAAAAUGAUUUUUGUUCGUUAAACUACACGUUUUCCUUGAAAAAAAAAUGUACUACUGCGAUUAAAGGGUUUUCCAAAAAUUUUUGAAUAGUGGUGGCGAAGUUUCAAUAACAAUCGAUGAAAGUCGAAUUUAUGGACACGCUGUAUAAUAUUUAAGAAAAAUAAAUAGAAAUAAUAUACAGUAUGUCUUCGAAAAUAACUUACUUUUGAAAACUGCGUAGUACUACUUAUCACUAGGUUUAUAAAUUAUUUUUUAGAAAUUAUUAUAAACAAGACUGAGUAUCUGACAGCAAAUUACAGUAUUAUAGUAAUGAAGUAAUUUAUUAUCACAUCGUUUUUUUUUUGGGUCACCCUAAUAAGUAUAUUCUCAAUUAUAAUUUAUUGAUCCUGAUCUAGUUUCCGAGCUCAUAUCUUAGUUUUCCUAUUCGAGAAAUUAAUAAGUGUUAAGGGUACAAGCUAUGUACAUCCCUUUUUUCAAAGUAUUCCUACUGAAAAUUUCAGUGGAUGGCUUUGUUGAUAGCGUCUUAGGCGCUGAUUUUAGUACAUUGUGCAUGUUCCGUAACUAUUUUUCACUUUGUAAAUGAUUUUCAUUUGAAAAUAAAAUAAUAAAUAUUAUGUUCUACAAAGUUUUCAAAAUUUUUUCAACGAAAUUAAGUAACAAAUAAAACAAAAAAUGGCACGACACAGUUACAUAGGUAGUGACAUAAAAACAUGAAAGUAUGGAAUAAAGAAAAAUUAAAAUUUAUGAACACUGCUGGUGAUGGAUUUAUGCUUUGGCCCGUGAGGCCCAGCGGUAAAAUUUUUGAAACCCCUAAAUUUUAGAAACGAAAAAAAAAAUAAGAU